GGCAAGUCAGCGGGCAUCAAGUCACCGGGCAAGUCAGCGGGCACCGAGCCAUCUGGCACGACAGUGGGCUCCGAGUCAUCUGACAGAACCGCGGGCACUGGGUCACCAAGCUCGACAGCGGGCACCAGGUCAUUUGGCAGGAUAGCGGGCACCAGGUCACCGGGCACCGAGUCACACGGGCACCAAGCCAUCUGGCACGACAGAGGGCAACGAGUCAGCGGCACGACAGCGGGCAACGAGUCAUCUGGCACGACAGCGGGCAACGAGUCAUCUGGCACGACAGCGGGCAACGAGUCAUCUGGCAGAACAGCGGGCAUCAGGUCAUCUGGCUUGACAGCAGGCACCGAGUCAACUGGCACGACAGCGGGCACCGGGUCAUCUGGCUUGACAGCAGGCACUGAGUCAUCUGGCACGACAGCGGGCACCGAGUCAUCUGGCACGACAGCGAGCUCCGAAUCAUCUGGCAGAACCGCGGGCACCGGGUCACCAAGCUCGACAGCGGGCACCGAGUCAUCUGGCACGACAGCG